AUGUCAACGUCGGUGUCCAAGAAGCCGCCAUCUGGCGGUGUAGGGCGCGUGUCGACGGCCGACAGCGGCUCCUCCUCGCCGGGCACCUCGCCAGCGCGCAGUGCGCAACGGUCGUCGACACCAACGGCACACGCCCGAACCCGAUCCGUUCGAGGCGGCGCGCCAGUGUCGGCUCGCGCCGCCGUCGCACGUCGAGACAGCAGCGCCUUGGGCAGCGCCGAAUCCGAUGCGCGAGCCGAGAACGCCUCCGCCGUCGAGGACCUCCAGCAGCGCCUGGAAAAGGAAGAAAAGUCAUCCGAGCAGUACAAGAAACAGGUCGACGUUCUCCAGUCCAAGCUGGACGACGUGGUGAAGGAGUCGGCAAGACUAGAGGAGAAGGUGCACGAGUACGAGGAGCAGCUCGAGGCCCUCAGGAAUGAAAAGCGAGAUGCGACUCGUCAGAUUCGGGAGAUGGAGAACAUUUACGAGGCGGAGCGAAGCGCGAUCCUCAAGGAGAAGGAGGAGCUGGCGAAUAGGGAGGAGGAGAUGCAGACCGUCAUUCAGCGGCUCAAGGACAAUCUUGCCCAGAGGAACAACACCGAUGACGACGGGAGGCCCUCCAGACAAACAGCUAGCUCGUCUCCGUCGCUCGACGGCGGCAGCUUCGCCCCUCCAUCAUCCCUCCACCGCAGCGACUCCCGGAACAGCUCCAAGCUCAUCUUGCAAAAGGACAAACUCAUCGAGUCUCUGCGGCUGGAACUCGCAGAGGCGCAGAUCAAGCUCGUCGAAUCCGAGAACCAAGGCGGCGGACGGCUUCAGGAAGUCGAACGUCUGCUCAUGGAAGCACGCAUGGCCAACGCCCGGCUUAUGGAAGACAACGAGAGCUACCAGUUGCUCCUCCAGGAGAGGACCCUCAAGGGCGACUUCGGCCAAAGCGACUUCAGCUAUAUGGGUGCCAGCGCCAACCAGGAUGCCCUCAACGCUCUGGAGGGCAAGACGGGCGGCUCGAGCCUCGCCGACGAGUUGUCCGAUGCUGCAGCGGCCGAGGGCGAGGGCGACCGCCGCCUCGAGGCCGAACUCAAGGCCAUGAGGGAGCAGAACAAGGCCCUCACGCUAUAUAUUAACAAGAUUAUCGAGCGCCUGCUUCAGCACCAGGAGUUUGAGCACAUCCUCGACCAGUCGGGCGAUAUCAAGGCGGCAGGGCCCGACACGAACAAGGACCUCCCUGCGCCGCCGGGCGAGAAGCCCCUUCCGAGCGGGCCAUCUCUGCUGCAACGGGCCAAGUCGAUGGCCGUGGGACAACAAAAGCCCAAACAGCGGCCCGUUUCGAUUAUGCCCGUCUCCAACGCGGCGAGCUCUGCGCACACCGACCCGGAGACGGCCCCGAGCAUCCCCAUCGGGAACCUUGGGCGUUCUGCCAGCACGAGGCGGUCCAGGCCGCAAAGUGAUCAGUUCACUGGCGCCGCGAGCCUCGUCGGCCAGAUGUACAAGGGCCCGGACGGUCCGGCAUCGCCCACCCUCGGCAACCCCCGGCACUCGCACUCGUUCUUCGCGGGCCGCGCCUCGAGCGGGAGUCAAGCUCCCUCCUCCUCGGGUAACUUCCCGGGCAUGAGAAGCGAGACGUCCAGCCUGAGCGGCGACUCCAACAACGACAACGUCUCGACGCCGCCCUCCCAGUCGCCGCCCAGGUCGCACAGCGACAAGGGGACGACGUUUUCGGGCGCGAAGCCUCGGCCGCUGCGCCUGGUGCAGGAGAACCAGGACGUGGUUAAGGACAACAAGCGAUCGAGCUGGUACUCGGGAUGGAGCUGGGGCGCCAAGAAGGAGGACUCGGCGUCGACGGCGCAGGCGCCGCCCGCGGGCAGCACGAUCCCGGAGUGA